AAUAAAAAUAAUUUAAAUGUGAAGGGUGUUUCUGUAAUUUAAUUUUUGUUUUAUAUAUAACAACCCAGUCGUUUACGUCAGCCAUUGCGUUUUAGAUGCUGCCUGUCCAGUUUGCCGAGCGGCAAUAAUUUCUCUGCCGUUAGGCCGCAGGUCGUCCAAACCCUUUCCACAGCGACUCCAUCCAUUCCCCUGCAUCCUCCUGGAAACAGAGAGAAUGGGAAAGCUUGGCCUGUUUUUCCUGCCCACCUGGGGCGCUGGCCACCUGGUGCCCAUGGUGGAGACAGCCAAACGCCUCCUCCCGCUCCAACAAGAGGAGAAGCUCUUCUCCGUCACCGUCCUCCUCAUCCAACCCCCCAACCCGGCAUCAGCCUCCACCUUCUCCUCCUACGUCCACUCCGUCGCUUCCUCCGGCCUCGACAUCCACUUCCAAGACCUCCCACCCGUCGAUCCUCCCACCGACACCGACGGCGCCGAGGACUUCGUCUCCCUCUACAUCCAGAGCCACAAGCCCCACGUCAAGGCCGCCCUGACCCAAUCCUCCGUCCCCGUCGCCGCUCUGGUCCUCGAUUUCUUUGCUACCACUAUUAUUGACGUCGCCGAUGAACUCGGUGUCCCGUCCUACAUCUUCUUCACCUCCACCGCCGCCAUGCUCGCUCUCACACUCCAUCUCCCGACUCUCCACGACAAGAUUCCUGUAGAAUUUGGGGAAUUGGAAGGCCACGUAGAGGUCCCUGGAGUUCCUCCCGUUCCGCCGCUAUCCCUGCCGACUCCCUUCAUGAACAAGAAGAGCCGGAACUACACUUGGUUUGUCUAUCACGGCAAAAGGUUUCUGGAAGCCAAAGGAAUUAUAGUUAACACGUUCAUUGAGCUAGAGCCGGGACCAAUCGAGGCACUAAGGGAGGGCCGCUGCGCGCCGAACCACCCCACGCCGGCCAUCUAUCCAGUAGGACCAGUAAUUGCCCUCGAGGAUGAGACGAACAACGCUAAUUCCGAGCGGCACGAGUGCAUAAAGUGGCUGGAUGGGCAACCACCGGCAUCGGUGGUCUUCUUGUGCUUCGGGAGCAUGGGCAGCUUCGGCGCUCCACAGGUGCGAGAGAUGGCCAUCGGGCUGGAGCGAAGCCGGCACCGGUUCUUGUGGUGUCUCCGGACACGUUCGACGGGAAAAUUCUGGCACCCGGUGGAUGCAAAUUUGGUGGAAGUAUUGCCCGAGGGGUUCUUGGAGAGGACAAGAGAAAAGGGAUUGGUGUGGCCAACUUGGGUGCCGCAGAAGAAGAUAUUGGCUCAUGAAGCGGUGGGGGGAUUCGUGACGCAUUGCGGGUGGAAUUCGACCCUGGAGAGCUUGUGGUUCGGGGUGCCGAUGCUUGGAUGGCCGCUGUAUGCGGAGCAGCAUCUGAAUGCUUUCGAGAUGGAGAGGAUGACUGGGGUGGGCGUGCAGCUCAAGGUGGACAGAAAGGGCGGGGGAUUCGUCGGCGCGGAGGAGCUGGAAAGGGGAGUUAGGUGUUUGAUGGGGGACUCUGAGGAGGGGAAGAAAGUGAGAGCCAAGGCUGAAGAGAUGAGAAUGGCGAUCAAGAAUGCCAUAGGGAAAGAAGGGUCAUCUUAUAAUUAUUUGGAGCAACUAGCAGAGGACGUAAGCAAAGGAGAGGAGGGGCUGCAAACAAAUAUUAAUCUGAAAUGAGGAUGCUGUACCUUUUCCUGGGAGCCGAUUGCCAACUGUUGUUUAUAUUCCUUGUAGAUGCCUGUCAGUGUAAGAUGACGUCGCCUGGUGAAAUGGAAGGAAUGUUAAAUUAUUAGCUCACCAUAUAGGUAAAUGGCUAUGACCUGGCUCACCGACGAGGCUAGUGAAUCACCAUUUUUAUGUAUAUCGUUUAUUUUCUCUGUUAUGGAUUGAAAGUUUCUGUUCCUUAAUCAAAGACACUGGUGAAUCUCGA